AUGGCACUUGGUUCAACUGCUCCAUGUCCGUUUGUCCGUGCCAUUCGAUUCCGAGAUGAAGUGUCUCAGUACAGAUCAGCAACCGCAUGCCCAUACGCCAGCAAGGCCAACACUGCCACUUCGGAGAUGUGUCAUAGCAAUGGUCAUCUCUUAGCUCUUCCCUCGAACACCCUGGACACUUGCUCCACCAUCUGUCUUCGGGUCGUCAAAUCGGAAACCGGGUUAGAUUUGGAUCGGGUUCAGUUCACAGUAGGGGUCAUCCGUCAAGCCAAUGCGAUUUUGAAAGGCAUUAUCAAAUGCGAGCCGCGCCGGGAUCAGCAGAUCAUGUUUCGACACCCGUACUUAGGCGCUGCUCUCCUUGCCAAUGGCUAUCGUCUCCGUUCCGGGCGCUUGGAAGUGCAGCCUAUGAGUACAUGUCCCGGUUUCGGGAAAGAAAUGCAGGCACCCCGAAUUUGGGUAUCCAGCCUUAUCGAUUAUCGUGACCGCGCUAAAGUGCCAAGCCACCCAACGAGAACUGAUCAAUCCGGAGAAAGUGGAGAGAGCCUCAACCGGGGGCAGGAACCGGCAGGAUGGGACCCAACCGCUGUCGUGGUCUUUAUCGUUCGAUUCGAUACUUCGAUGCUUGUCCUGCUGAAAGCCAAGCUUCAGCCAGCGAACUCUCUCGUUCUCGGAAGAUGGACAAGAGCAGAAAAUCGGAUUCCAUCCGCUUGGGACCAACCCGGAAUUUUGACCAAACAAAGAAGUUGCUUUUCGCGAUGGGGAUGGGGAUUUCCUGGUUCGUUUUCAGCUUUUGUCGUGGCAGAUCACGAUUCGCAAGAACCAGAGUUGAUCUUGUCAGACACAAUCGUCACGGUGGGUUUAUCAACCAUCACAACGCCAAUCUCUGUGUCUGACCAGGAAGACUUCUCCGAGAGUGGUGGCCGCUUUAUAACAAGUGAACAAAUCUUUGAUGGGACACAGUUCGAGAUCUGUCCUUCUCCUGCCUCGUAG